AUGCAGGGCAAGGAGAGCCCUGUUGGGUCCAACACCCAGGAGACUCAUCAGUACGUCGGCCCGUAUCGCUUAGAAAAGACCUUGGGGAAAGGCCAGACUGGUUUAGUUAAGCUCGGCGUGCACUGUGUGCUGGGUAAGAAGGUAGCGAUCAAGAUUAUCAACCGCGAAAAGCUUUCGGAAUCCGUGUUGAUGAAAGUAGAGCGUGAGAUCGCCAUUAUGAAACUGAUCGACCAUCCGCACGUGCUCGGUCUUUCGGAUGUGUAUGAAAACAAGAAAUAUCUAUAUCUUGUUCUGGAACACGUCUCAGGCGGGGAGCUGUUCGAUUAUUUGGUUAAAAAGAGCAGACUGACCCCAAAGGAAGCGAGGAGAUUUUUUCGACAAAUAAUUUCUGCAUUAGAUUUUUGUCACAGUCAUAGUAUAUGCCAUAGAGAUUUGAAGCCUGAGAACUUGUUGCUGGAUGAGAAAAAUAACAUUAAGAUAGCGGAUUUCGGAAUGGCAUCGUUGCAACCUGCGGGCUCUAUGCUGGAAACUAGUUGUGGAUCACCUCAUUACGCUUGCCCCGAAGUUAUCAGAGGGGAGAAAUAUGAUGGUAGAAAGGCGGAUGUAUGGUCUUGUGGAGUAAUACUUUACGCGCUUCUGGUAGGCGCCUUACCCUUUGACGACGACAAUCUGAGAAAAUUGUUGGAAAAAGUUAAGCGCGGAUUGUUUUAUAUACCGCAUUUCGUACCACCCGAAUGUCAAAAUUUGCUGAGAGGCAUGAUAGAGGUUGAUCCUGAGAAAAGAUUGACGUUAGCAGAAAUAAAUAGGCAUAUUUGGGUAACGGCGGCGGGUAAAGGCGAAUUGGAAUUGGAACUAUCGAUGAUGGACGUCGUGCAGACGCACGUUAUUCCGUCCGUGGAAGCGAUCGAUCCCGACGUACUACAGGCGAUCGCGAGUCUUGGUUGCUUCAAGGAGCGCGACAAACUCAUUCAAGAGCUGCUCAGUCCAAACCAUAACACGGAGAAGGUGAUAUACUUCCUACUGCUAGAGAGAAAGCGAAGAAGACCAGCGUGUGAGGAUGAGCUAGAGGUAAUGAGGAGUAGCAUGAGAGGAUCCGCCGGACAAUUAGAAGCCGAUCCACCGAGAAAACGAGUGGAUACGUGUAGAGUGAAUGGUAGUACCGCGCUCAAUCUCGGACAGAUCAGUCAUGGCUCGCCUUUGACGCCUAGAAGACAGUCCAGUACGAGACAUCACGCGCGUCGAUCACCGAGCACGGGUGGCCACACUCAUACGUCUCAUUCGCACUCGUCAACGCCAGGAAGCUCACCGUUGCACGCACCUACGAGUCUGCUAAGUCCCCACAGAGCAGUGCCGACGUCGCACGUGGGCCAGACGAUCGCCUGCGGUGCACACAGACUAUCUAUUGGUGGCAGUACAAUUACUACCAUCGCCGGAAACGGUGGUAAUCCUACUAAUCAAAGCGUCUCGACGCCGACAUCAACGCCGACGUCGGCACUCACUAAUGUCGGUAUUGAACUCAAUGAAAUGCAGCCUGUAGUUGCGGUCGGCGUUACACCGCCGGGUUCACCUCACACAGGAGCGGGAUCCGGAGCUCAUCACUGGAGAUCACGAUUAACCACAAUCAAGAAUUCUUUCUUAGGAAGUCCCAGGUUUCAUCGUCGUAAAUUGCUCACGAGUACCGAGGAGGUACAUCUUACGCCGGAUUCUUCGCCGGAACUUACGAAAAAAUCAUGGUUUGGUAGUUUGAUGACUACGGAAAAGGACGAAACUUUUACUGUUUUGGUCAAAGGAAAACCGCUAGCCAGUGUGAAAGCCGAUCUGAUUCACGCUUUUUUAUCGAUAGCAGAAUUAUCUCAUAGCGUGAGCUCACCAAUGUCAUUCAGAGUGGAGUACAAAAGAGGUAGCACCGCACCAGCCAUGUUCCAGAGACAAGUGCGAUUUCAAGUUGACAUUAGCGCAAUCUCGAAGCAGCCGAAUGAGCCCCUCUUUGCCAUUACCUUCACAUUAUUGAGUGGAAACAUUCGAAGAUUCAGGCGAGUGUGCGAGCACAUUCAAUCUCAGGUGUGUUCGAGAAAUGUAGGUAUGAACUUGGGAGGGCAAAGCAGAGCUGCGCCGCCUAGUCCGAGGGCCUCCAGAAAAUUCACCACGGAGAUGAGUGAGAGCUCCAGCUGCGGUAGCGACACCAGUGAACGACUCUUUCUUAAUCCUCACCCAGCUACCAGACAGGUAGUCUGUUUCAAUAAGAUCGAUUCGGACAUUGAAUCGGAUACGUCUGUAUUCGAUGUAAAGUCACCGACCCGUGAGAACGGUAGAAGAAGUUCGACGUCGACGAACAACAACAAUGCUCUGUCGGGUGAUACGACAUCAACACCAGGCAGCCCGCCAAAAGCGGUACGAAGUAAUUCGGAGAGCCAAAACACGCCCGAAAAAAAAUGUGUGACUACAAUGAGCGGUAACAACAUAGCGUGAUACUAUCAGAACUUUCGCUUUGAGUUCCGAUCAAGUUUGAAGAGCCUAUGGGACAGCGCUCAGAGAUUCUGGUGAGAUUUCCUCUGAACGCUUAAAACGCUACUUUAACACAACUGCGUGAGACACAUCUAUAUGCGUAAUACGACGUUGCAACAACAAGAUUGAAGUUUAACAUCAAUUCUCAGUAGUAGUAGUAGCGAGAAGCUAAAUAGACGACAGUGAGGAUAGUACACUUAUUUGCGGUGUGUAAUUCAAAACAUCGAAUACUCGAUACUAAAGAUUUCAUUCACAAAAUUUAAAAAAAUAUUUCGAACAAUACAAAAGCGUGACAAAAUUUUCUCCGAAAAUUCAAUUCAAAACGAAAUGUUAGAAGCGAUGUUAAAUGAAAACAUCGUACUUUCUGCGUUUAUAAGUCCGUAAAUGGAACUUCGAGAGGGACACUAGGUUCAAAUCGUCUCCAGAUAAAAUCGCCGAAUGGCAUAUAUAUUUCAAUAAACAAGCCUACAUAAAGAAUUACACGAAGAGAAAGAUCUACGAUUAUCUAAAAAAAAA